GUCCGUUGUAUGUUAUACCAGCGGUAGAAAGGACAUGGUUGGCAGAGAGCCAGCAGUCAACACGGGACAAAAUGAGGAAGGGUGUGCCCUCGGUAUCGGAGGGCUCCGUCGCUUUUCAUGCGGGGUGUUCCGAGACUAGUUCGCCCUUACAGGCCGUCAGCUCUCCGUCUGGCCUGAGCAGGACCGUGAGACUGGGGGUCCGGUCCUCUGAGCCGACUGACAGUGUCACGAACGCCACACCCCACGGACCGUCAACACACGGGACGGAGCAGAAAUCUAAGCCCAAACGAGUUCAGGCGAAGAGAAAGCUGGAGCUGGAAGCCGGUGACCCCCAGGAUCUUAAGGAUGGCUUUGGUGGGCCCACUUGGGCCCAAUACCCAAUGGCCUCUCCAUCCCAUACUGGAGGAAAGGCUUCCGCCACCGAACCCAAAGCACACAGGCCUCUGUGCGAGAAGUCGCGCUAUGACACCUCGCUCAGUCUCUUGACGCGGAGGUUUGCAGAGUUGCUGGGCCGCUCCACUGACGGGGUCGUGGACCUAAAUAUAGUCGCCCAGGAGCUCAAUGUCGCUAAGAGACGUAUCUAUGACGUCACUAAUGUCCUGGAAGGGAUCCAGCUCCUCCAAAAGACGUCUAAAAGUCAUUUCAAGUGGUUGGGCAGUGAAGUGAAAAAACACACAGAUUAUCAGCGGACGAUUCUCAUUGAGAAGGAGAAGAAGCUGGACGAGUUGAUCCAAAGUUGUAUGCAGCAGGUUCACCAGAUAUGUGAGAGCCGCCACAGAUUUGCCUAUUUGACUUACGAUGAUAUCCAAAGGAUUCCCAGCUUGAGGGAACAAACUGUGAUUGUGAUCAAAGCCCCUGCACAGACAAAGCUGGAGGUGCCACACCCAGCAGAGAGCCUGCAGGUCCACCUCAGGAGCACACAGGGGCCUAUUGAGGUGUUCCUCUGCUCUGAUGACCCCAUCAAUAUGGAAGCCACAGAUAGCUGUGUGGCCAGUGACAGCCACUUAAACUCGUCCACCAAUGGGCACAUGCCUUACAUGUCCUCUGUCCAGGUGUCUUCGAAAGACAGUGCUAACCAUACUUCCAGAAUCAGUACUAUCUCCAAUCCACUGUCCAAGCCUACACAACCGUCAUCACCACCUACCAGCACGCCUGUCUCGCCUCUGCCCACCUCCCUCCAAAAUCCUUCUGAGGAUCAGCAGAACUUUGUCACCCUCACUCCACCUCUGGCUGUCUCUCUUAGCAGGGAGGAGUACCUCCUGAGUCUGGCUGAGGAUGAGGGCAUCACUGACCUCUUCUCCUCCGUUGACCUGGACCAGUUGCCCCUGGAUGUACCCCUGUGAGGAGCCAUUUUGGAAAUACAAUCAUGUUGGAAGCAGUCAUCAUUUUCCCGCAAGCAGGAUAUUAAGGAGAUGCAUUAAAAGAACACGGUGCUGAUUUGAAUAUGAGUUUUUUGAUAUGUGCAUUUGCCAUUCCUGGAUGACAUGACUGGGAUUUACUGACGCUCAGGUACAACAUGUGGAGGAGUUACCCAAACGCAUCACAUCGGAGUGGUCACAGAAUAGCUUUGUAUUUCCAAAGACCAAGUGAGAUCUUUUUAUGGCUGCCUUAUUGUCUUCAGGACUUUGACUUGACUUUUGACACUUUUCAAACGUUUCAGACGCUUAGUCUGCUGCAUCUCUGUGUGCCCUUCCUAAGUGUCCUUCUCUGAAGUCUCCACAAAGGACUUACUCUUGACCAUUAAUGUCACAACAUCCUACAGCGAUGGUCUGGAAGGACGUCAUGGAUGACAUUUUGCGUCAUGAUCACAAAGGAGCCUUCUCAACCAAGCCUGAUGAUUUAGACACUCAUGUAGCAUUAAGCGUAUUGAUUAAAAUCAUUACAAAUGCAACAAACGGACGUCUCGUGUUAGCUCUGCUAUUAAGGAUGCACACAUCCAACUGUUUCUCACCUGAUAGUGAUCCCAGUUCUUAUAAUCUGGGUAACUGCUGAUACUGAGCACCGAUCUCAUUCUACUGCUGUCAUUUUUGAAAGUAUAAAAUCUAAGUACCUCACUGUGUUUCAUUUUUAUGCAAGGUAACAUGAGGCCAGUGAUAGCUGUGGCGCUAAAAACAGCAUGACUGAAUGAACUGAUACUGACAAUGCCAUGAAAUUCCCUUUCCUCGUUAAUGGAGUUCCCCAAAGUCUGAUAUUUUAGUGUUCUUAAAUUCUGUUCCAGUUCCCUAAUAUCUAUAGCAUUAACUUGUGCAGGUAACGCAGCUCGUAGCUGUCCAGAGGCAGGGAUCUGUCUAUUGACAGUUUCUCCUUGAUUGUAGAGAAAUUUAGUGCAUGACAAUUUGUGUCAGAUAAGUCCAGCUCUCCAGUACUGUCAAUGUAGGCCAGUGUGCAUAAAGAGCAUGGAACUCUAAAACAUUAAACUGAAACUUUCAUAACCCAUUGAGUAUCUGAAAUAAGUGCAGAAGACUGAGUGCGCUCCCAAUUUUUAGGAAAUUGUGAAACUA